AGAGAGAGAGAGGGGUUGCAGAUCUCGGCAUCAGAUCUGGCGUUGGGCUCGCACGCACGAACCCUAGCUCUGCUCUCCUUCGAUCCCGUUUCUGGAGAUCUCGCGAUCCCAUGGCGGUCGCUCCCUGGAUAGCUGUCGUGCUGCUCCUCUCCGUCGUCGUCGGGAGCCGAGGGUUCUACCUCCCCGGCGUCGCCCCUGCCGAUUUCCAAAAGAAAGAUCCACUUCCGGUGAAAGUCAACAAACUAACCUCGACAAAAACACAACUGCCAUAUUCCUUUUAUUCUCUUCCGUAUUGUCGACCAGAUACUAUACUCGACAGUGCAGAAAAUCUAGGGGAAGUUCUUCGUGGUGAUCGUAUUGAGAAUUCUCCGUAUGUGUUUGAAAUGAGGGAACCCCAGAUGUGUAAGAUUGUUUGCAAGGUUACACUCAACGACAAAGAUGUGAAGGAUCUGAAGGAAAAGAUAGAGAAUGAAUAUCGUGUCAACAUGAUUCUUGACAAUCUGCCACUGGUUGUUCCUAUUAGAAGGCUGGAUCAGGUUGCUCCAAUGGUCUAUCAGCUUGGCUUUUAUGUUGGUGCCAAAGGCCAACCUACUGGAAACAAGGAUGUGAAGUACUAUAUCCACAACCAUUUGUCAUUUCUAGUUAGGUAUCACAAGGAUACACAAAUGGACCUUGCAAGAAUUGUGGGAUUUGAGGUUAAACCAUUCAGCGUUAAACAUGAGUAUGAAGGUCAGUGGAAUGGGAAUAAGACUCGCUUGAGCACCUGUGAUCCUCAUGCCAAGCGCUCCGUCCUGAACUCAGAUUCCCCACAAGAGGUCUCAGCAAACAAUGAUAUUAUAUUCACAUAUGAUAUUGAAUUUGAGGAGAGCACUGUGAAGUGGGCAUCCCGAUGGGAUACCUAUCUCCUGAUGUCAGAUGACCAAAUCCACUGGUUUUCUAUUGUCAAUUCUUUGAUGAUCGUCCUCUUCCUUUCUGGCAUGGUUGCCAUGAUUAUGCUUCGGACACUUUACCGUGAUAUAUCCAAGUACAACCAGCUGGAAACUGAAGAAGAAGCCCAAGAAGAGACAGGAUGGAAGCUGGUCCAUGGAGAUGUUUUCAGGCCUCCAUCUAACUCAGAUUUGUUGUGUGUAUAUGUCGGGACGGGUAUUCAGUUCUUCGGCAUGUUACUGGUGACUAUGAUUUUUGCAGUCCUUGGCUUCCUAUCUCCGUCAAACAGAGGAGGAUUAAUGACCGCGAUGCUCCUACUUUGGGUCUUCAUGGGUUUGUUUGCUGGUUAUUCUUCUGCCCGUCUCUACAAGCUGUUCAAGGGGACUGAAUGGAAGAAAAUUACACUGAAGACAGCAUUCACAUUCCCAGGAAUUGUGUUUGCGAUCUUCUUCGUCUUAAAUGCUCUCAUCUGGGGGGAGAAGUCAUCUGGUGCAGUGCCAUUCACCACAAUGUUUGCCCUUGUAUUGCUCUGGUUUGGUAUUUCAGUGCCGCUCGUGUUUGUUGGCAGUUAUCUGGGGUUCAAGAAACCUGCACCAGAGGAUCCCGUUAAGACCAACAAGAUCCCCAGGCAGAUACCGGAGCAGGCUUGGUACAUGAACCCAGUUUUCUCAAUACUAAUCGGAGGCAUUCUUCCAUUUGGAGCUGUUUUCAUCGAGCUCUUCUUCGUCCUUACUUCGAUCUGGCUGCAUCAGUUUUACUACAUAUUUGGGUUCCUCUUCCUCGUCUUCCUCAUACUUAUCGUCACAUGUGCCGAGAUCACAAUCGUGCUCUGCUAUUUCCAGCUGUGUGGCGAGGACUACUUGUGGUGGUGGAGGUCCUAUUUGACAUCAGGGUCUUCGGCGCUGUAUCUCUUCCUUUAUGCAACCUUUUACUUCUUCACCAAGUUGGAAAUCACCAAGCUGGUAUCAGGACUUCUGUACUUUGGCUACAUGCUGAUUGCCUCCUACGCCUUCUUCGUGCUGACCGGCACGAUCGGGUUCUGUGCAUGCUUCUGGUUUACAAGGUUGAUCUACUCAUCAGUGAAGGUUGAUUGAGAGGUAAGUUAGGUCAUAUAAAUUGUCAGAUAUGAAGCAGCCGCCUUGCGACCACCUAGCUUAAUGGGUGUUACAUCAACAAGAUUCAAGAGCAGGGAUUCAUGUUAGUAGGAUGAAGGAUCCAGGCUGUUUUUUUUCCGCUGUCUUUUCAUGUUUUCAGUGAUCAAAGGAGGAUUCCUUUUGUUUUUUUUUUUUUUUCUUCAUGUUCUGCAAAUUUUUUGUUAUAUUGGAACAAUUUCGUCAGUCAAGUAACCUAUUUAAUUAUUUGGGGUU